GAGGAAACAGCAUCUGCAUGAGGAAACAGCAGAGCUGAGCUUUGUCUUUCUGCUGGAUCAGUCUAUGGAGACGCAUCUUGUUCAUCUGUGAUGCGUGGCCUGACCAGGUGAGGACACAGGGGAGCUGCUGGACACUGACUCUUAGUGAUUCACCACUGACUUAAGUAUAGAAGAUGGACACUUGUAUGGAGGAAGACAGACCCUCAGAGAGUCUACUCUGUAAGGACAGAGCAGAGCCUGCAGGAUCCAGCUGUCAGUCUACCAGAACCACAACUAGUGCUGAUGUUCAAGAUUAUGGGCAACAGGAUAAUGAACAUAAGAUCAGUGUGAAGAGGAAACGUGAACAUGUGACCAAAGAAAGCAAAUGUGUAAACUAUGCUGUGUCCAUGGGAUCUACUCCAAAUUUAAGUGAUGUACCUAAACCCGCAGACACAAAAGAGGAGCAGCUGUGUGCUUUGUGUGAGGAGGUUCUGAAGGAUCCAGUCUCUACCAGCUGUAAACACACGUUCUGCAGACAGUGCAUCACCGUAUACUGGGACCAGUCUCGAUCAGCAGGAGACUCCUCUUGCCCCCACUGUAGAAAACGAUCCAGAACCAGUGUUUUUCCAAAUGUUGUUUUAAAGGAGCUUCUAGAACAUAAGACAAGUCUGAAAAAUAGAUGUGAGUAUGUGGCCAAACAAAGUGAAACAGGAAAUCAAACCCUCCUCAACAGUAUCUACACAGAGCUCUACAUCUUGGAGGAACAGAGUGAAGGGGUUAAUACCCAACAUGAAGUGAUGCAGCUGGAGACAGCGUCUAAGAAGAAAACCCUCCAUGACACUGCAAUCAAGGUCCACAACAUUUUUAAGGCCUCACCUGACCAGCAGACACCCAUCAGAGUGGUUCUGACCAACGGCGUCGCUGGUGUUGGAAAAACCUUCUCGGUGCAGAAGUUCACGCUGGACUGGGCCGAGGGCCUGGAAAACCAAGAUGUCGAUGUGCUGGUUCUGAUGUCGUUCAGGGAGCUGAACUUGAUUAAAGACGAGCAGCACAGUCUGCUGUCGCUGCUCCAUGUUUUCCAUUCAACAUUAGAGAAAGUCCCAGCAGAGGCGCUGACUGCCUGUAAACUUCUGUUCAUCUUCGACGGCCUGGAUGAAAGCAGACUUUCACUGGACUUCACCAAGACGGAGGUUGUGUCUGACGUCCGACACACGUCUUCAGUCAACGCACUGCUGACCAACCUCAUCCUGGGCAACCUGCUCCCCUCGGCUCUGGUCUGGAUCACCUCCCGACCUGCAGCGGCCCAUCACAUCACAACUGUGCACAGGGUGACAGAAAUACGGGGAUUCACUGACGCCCAGAAAGAAGAGUACUUCAGGAGGAGAUGCAGGGAUGAAGAGCUGUCCAGGAAAAUCAUUGCGCACGUGAAGACGUCCAAGAGCCUCCACAUCAUGUGUCAGAUCCCAGUGUUCUGCUGGAUCGCUGCUAUGGUUCUGGAGCACAUGUUGACUACAGAGCAGAAAGAAGAGCUGCCCAAGACCCUGACGGACCUGUACUCACAUUUUCUGCGGGUUCAGACAGAGAGCAAGAAGAGGAAGUACGGUGAGGGACAUAUAAUGAGUAAACAGGAAGCUAACAGGAGAAACCUUCUGAGGUUGGGGAAGCUGGCAUUUGAGAAUCUGCAGGAAGGAAAGAUCGUGUUCUACCAAGAGGACCUGGAGAAUUGUGGUAUUGAUGCCAAAGACGCUUUGGUUCGUUCAGGAGUUUGUACAGAGAUCUUCAAAGAGGAGAGUGGGAUCUUAAGGAAAACAGUCUACUGCUUCGUUCAUCUGAGCGUCCAGGAGUUCCUGGCUGCAGUCUACAUCUUCCACUGUUACACCAACAAGAAGAGAAAGAUACUGGUGAACUUCCUGAAGAAAAACACUGCCUGGGAUCACAAUGACGAUGACGAGGACAAUGAAGAUGAUAAUGACGAUGAUGACGAUGAUGAUGUGGCGCAACAUUAUUCUUCUAUUGAUGCAUUUUUGUCAAGAUCCAUGUGGAAAUCCAUCCGAAGUAAUAAUGGCCACCUGGACCUGUUUGUUCGCUUCCUUCAUGGUCUCUCUCUUGAGUCCAACCAGAGACUCUUAGGAGGUUUGCUGGGUGAGACACAGAACAGUCCAGAAGUCAUUCAGAGAGUCAUCAACAACCUGAAGGAGAUGAACAGUGAUAAAAUCUCUCCAGACAGAAGCAUCAACAUCUUCCACUGUCUGAUGGAGAUGAAAGACCACUCAGUCUAUCAGAAAAUCCAAGAGUUCAUGAAAUCUGAGAAGAAAUCAGAGAUGAAGCUCUCUAAGAUCCAAUGCUCAGCUCUGGCCCACAUGCUGCAGAUGUCAGAGGAGGUUCUGGAUGAGUUGGACCUGAAGAAGUACAACACGUCAGAGGAGGGACGACAAAGACUGAUCCCAGUUGUGAGAAACUGCAGAAAGGCUCAACUUGGUAACUGUGGACUUACAGAGACUCACUGUGAAGUUGUAGUCUCGGCUCUGAAGUCCCUCCCCUAUUUGAUGCUACUGGAUCUUAGCUGGAACAAUCUGCAAGAUGCCGGAGUGAAGCUACUGUCUACUGGGCUGAAGAGUCCACACUGUCGACUGAUGACUCUGAGAUUAAUGAGCUGCAGGUUGUCAGGGAUCAGCUGUGGUUAUCUGGGCUCUGCACUGGGGUCCAACCCGUCCCAUCUGACAGAACUGGACCUCAGUGGAAACAAGCUGCAGGAUUCAGGAGUGAAGCAGCUGUGUGGUUUUCUGGAGAAUCCUGACUGUCGACUGGAGACUCUAAGAUUGAUUUGCUGCCAUUUGUCAGGGAUCAGCUGUAAUUCUCUGGUCUCAGCUCUGAGGUUGAAUCCAUCUCACCUCAGAAAACUGUACCUGAGUAGAAACAGCCUGCAGGACCCAGGAGUGGAGCAGCUGUGUGGUUUUCUGGAGAGUUCUGACUGUCAACUGGGGACUCUGAGGUUAAGAAGCUGCAAGUUGUCAGAUAUCAGCUGUAAAUCUCUGGUCUCUGCUCUGAAGUCCAACCCAUCCCAUCUGACAGAACUGGACCUAAGCUGGAACAACCUGCAGGACUCAGGAGUGAAACAGCUGUGUGGUUUUCUGGAGAGUCCUCAGUGUCGACUGGAGACUCUGAGAUUAAGUGGCUGCAGUUUGUCAGAGAUCAGCUGUGACUAUCUGGGCUCUGCUCUGAGGUUCAACCCGUCCCAUCUGACAGAACUGGACCUGAGUGGAAACAAGCUGCAGGAUUCAGGAGUGAAGCAGCUGUGUGGUUUUCUGGAGAAUCCUCAGUGUCAACUGAGAACUCUGAGAUUGAGUCGCUGCAGUUUGUCAGAGAUCAGCUGUGAGUGUCUGGUCUUGGCUCUGAAGUCAAACCCGUCCCAUCUGAGAGAACUGGACCUGAGCUACAACGAAGACUUGCCAGAUUCAGUGGUGAAGCCUCUUUCUGACCUGCGGGAGAGUAGGGACUACAAACUGGAGAUGCUGAGGUGGUGGUGAUGAUCCAGAUGUUGAAGCAGCUGCAGUUGGUGUGCAGCUUGAGGUCUAACUGAGAGAUAGUGUGGAAAGGUGUGGAGAUGAAUCUCAGUGCUGCAGUCUGAACUGAUCUGAGAACAGCCCCACUCUGUCCAUCCAUUUUCCCUGUGUGAUCCUCUGGAUGUGACAGAGGACAAUCAGUGGGUCUCUGCUGCCCCGCUGCUGCAGAUCCUCUGUGUGUUGGUUGAUUUUCAGUAAUAAAAGUGUAAUCAAUUAUUAAUUGAAUUUAUUUAUAAAUAUUUUUCUUGAAUGAUUCCGUUCAUAAGCAGGAAGACAGAGAAAUGAAAGUGUGUGGAGCAGCAGAAAGCAGAAAAAUUGUCUUUUUAAUCUUUGCUCCAUGUUGAUUGUUCUACUUCCAAACCAGCAUAGCUCUGUUCAGAGUUUAAUAUGAAUGUGUGAUUAUCCUGGUUGAAGUUAUCCAAUAUUGAAUAUGUAACAUUUGCGUGUGUUUGAGGUUGAAAGGGCACCAUCUCCAUUUUCAUUACACCCACAUCCCUCACACUUUGGUUUGUGUGUGUGUGUGUACAUAUUUGGUUGAAUUAUGAUGGUUUUCUUUGCACUUUGGCUUAUUUAAUUGUGGUGGGUGUAGCGUGGGGCACCUACUCAGUGAUUGUACCUGGGAAAUGAGGACACGUGUGCCUGAUCAGAGCCUCUUUGCUGGUGAAUUACUAAGGAGAAAAACAAUCACAGGGAAACAGUUCCAAUAUUUACUAUGAUAUUAUUAUCCAAUUUUUAUUAAUUGGGUGGUGGCCGGGAACUUUGGUAUGACAGACGGAUUAAUAUAUAUGUUUUUCAACCCGCCUCAACUGGGAAAGAUGGUACACACCACCCAGGUGUACUCGCUGAGUGAGGCUGCAGUGUUUGUGCCUUCGUGAACGAUUGUGCCUUCUGUGAACGAUUUGGUUAAUAAAUAGAAAUGUUUUUCACUUAAA